AAGCGGGGCUCGGGCCGGGCCGCGGCGGAGCCCCGGAGCCAUGAGCCAGGCGGAGCUGUCCAGCUGCUCGGCGCCGCAGCGGCAGCGCAUCUUCCAGGAGGCGGUGCGGCGCGGCAACACGAAGGAGCUGCAGUCGCUGCUGCAGAGCAUGACGAACUGCGAGUUCAACGUCAACUCCUUCGGGCCCGAGGGGCAGACGGCGCUGCACCAGUCCGUCAUCGACGGCAACCUGGAGCUCGUCAAGCUGCUCGUCAAGUUUGGCGCCGACAUCCGCCUGGCCAACCGCGACGGCUGGAGCGCGCUGCACAUCGCCGCCUUCGGGGGCCACCAGGACAUCGUGCUCUACCUGAUCACCAAGGCCAAGUACUCCUCGGGCGGGCGGUGACGGGCGCGGCCCGGGCC